AUGGCCUCGUUUGACAUCAAACCACUGGACCAAUCCGAUGAAGUCGCUAAGAGGGAUAUCAGCCGCUCCGACAAUAUCGAACUCGAAAAUGCAACUUCGACCAAGGACUUGAACAGCCCGUUCUCUGCAUUCACAGCGAACGAGGAACGAGUAUGUCUGCGAAAAAUCGACAAAUGGCUAACUCCCAUGAUCAUCGUUUCUUAUGGUCUGCAAUAUAUCGACAAGGUCAUUCUUAACGGGGCUUCACAGUUCGGUAUUGUGCAGGAUCUCGAUCUAUACACGAUCGUGGGCCACAAUGAACAAACCCAAGAGCCGAUCCUGAGUCUCCAUCGAUUCUCUUUAGUAACGAUGAUAUUCUACUGGGGUUAUCUAGCAGGUGCUGUCCCUGCAGCGUUUCUUGCGCAGAAACUUCCUCUGGGCAAAUUUCUGGCUGGUCUUAUUGUCACCUGGGGAGUCGUCACUAUGCUCACCGCCCUAGUUCCAUCAUAUCCGGGAAUGUUGGUGCAGCGUUUCUUCCUCGGCUUCUGCGAAGCUGGCGCAGGUCCCGGUUUCUCGCUUAUGAUUCCGUUGUUCUGGAAAAGAGAAGAACAGCCUCUCCGAUACUCAUUUUGGUACUUGUCUCAGGGCCUUGGCAUUUUCCUCGGCCCUAUGAUGAUCUAUGGUAUUGGUCAUAUCCACGGUGAUCUCUCGCCGUGGAAAUAUCAAUACUUGAUCCUGGGUGCAAUUACUGUUGCCUGGGGAGUUAUCAUGGUAUUUGCACUACCGAACAGUCCCGAAUCAGCCUGGUUCUUGGAUGAGGCUGAGCGGACGGUCGCUGCUGCACGAAUCCGACUAGAGCAGGUCACCGAAGAGACCAAAACUAUCAAGCUUCACCAGAUCGUUGAAGCAGUAAAGGAUCCAAAAACGUGGCUGACAGUGAUCUCAACAUACUGCAUUCAUUUCAUCAAUGGUGCCUGCUCAGGGUUUGGGGCCAUAAUCGUGAAAAGUUUUGGCUACUCACCAUUCAAGUCAGUGCUGCUGACUGGUUGUGCUGGGAUCUAUCUGCUUGCGGUUUUGGCCAUCACCGGAGCAGCAGCUAAUUACCAGCGCAAUACUCGCACAAUCAUCUGGUGGAUCUGUGAGGUGUUCGUUAUCGCCGGAGCAGCACUCAUCUGGCAGGUACAAUGGGCGCCUGAUCACUCGGCUGCACUUGCAGGUUUCUUCCUACUGUUCACAUUUCCACCCGGGUAUACCAUGCUGUUGUCCCUUGUCGGCUCAAACACUGGUGGCUACACCAAGAAAGUCUUCGUCAUGGGUCUGGUGUGGAUGGCGUACUGUGUCUCUAAUGGAACUGCGCCACUGUUCAUCAAGACAACCGAGGUCGAAGAACAUUAUCCUACUUUGUUCCGUGGGGCUCUUGUCACGGCAUCACUCUCGGUGGCCUGCAGUCUCGCCAUGAGGUUCUAUCUCAUAAACGCAAACAAGAAACGAGACCAAAAUCUCGAUGCUGCAAUCCGAGAUCGAACUAUUGCCCAAGACCUUACCGACUGGGAGAAUCCCCAUUUCCGCUAUACUUUAUGA